AUGCUCCACUGCGAGCCCAGACACAACGAGCUGGACCACCCAGUGCUGGCAAAUAACCCCUGGCAGCGGAAGGGGUUCAAACAACACCCGACGGGCCACAAACAUGGCCAAGCAGCAGCGACAGGAGCAGGAGCAACAGCAGCAAUCAAGAAGGAGGCAGCAAUCAAGAAGGAGGCAGCAAGGAAGAAGGAGGCAGCAAGGAAGAAGGAAGAAAGAAAAAUUGAAGAGAGAAGGUUGUUUAAACAACAAACUGGCGCCCCUCCCCUCCCCGCCAUGCACGAGGGCACACUUUCGCCCGAGGCGGGGUUGACUCCCACCACGAGCGACAACACGGCCAUGGACACUGAAGGACACACGGACCGCAAACGCAAGGCCACGGACCUCCCUGUGCAGUGUGGCUUUACCUCGGUGUGCAGGUACUGCGCGGGAGCGCACAAGACUGCGCAAUGCAGCUCAGCCGCGAAGAGAUGCGCACACUGCAACGGCCCGCACUGCGCAAACCACCGCGGAUGCCCGGUUUAUGCAGCACAGCUGCAGCAACGCUUCCCGCAGCAGCAGCAACAACAGCAACAACCAAAAUCGACCUGCUCGCAACAACCACGCGGCCAAACGCAGCAACAUCGUACCGGGCAGCAGCAAAGCCAGCAGCAACGCGCCCCCGACCCUGGCGAAUGGCGCACUGUGCAGCCAAAACCCAGGCCGAACCACUGGCAGCAGCGAGGACCGCCACAAGAGCCCAGAUACCACGAACCACCUGUUGAACAGCACAACAGGUUCGGUCUGCUCAGCACAGACGAUUAUGAAUACAACUUUCCAAGUCCCACCGACCCCCGACUCCGUCGCUCGCCGCGCACCGGACAGCAAGUGAGACAGGGGAACAGGAACACGAACACGAAAUACAGCCAGGAGCGACGCCAGCAGCAAGACCAGCGCCCACUCCUGCCUAACCAGCAGCAACAGACCAUCCAGCAGCCCACCGCGGGACCCAGGAUGCCAUCGCAGCAGCCACGCCUCGAUAAGCAUCAGCAGCUGCAGCAACAAGACUACGAGGAUCAGCCAGCCGCUGCAACCGCGACAGCAGCGACAGACUCCGGCCGAACGCCACAACAACUGCAGCAGCAGCAACAACCACACCAGCGACAUCACCAAAUGCAGCAACACCACCAGCAGCACCAGUCGCAGCAACACCAGCAGCCACAACACCAGCAGCACCAGCCGCAGCAACACCAGCAGCAGCAAGUACAACAGCCGCAGGCACAACAACAGCCGCCAACGACUCCGAUGCAGCAACAGCAGCCAUCCACGAGCGGCCAGCAGCCUACAGCGCAGCAGGCCAUGCAGCAACCUCCACGAGUGGCCCAACGAGGGACACAUCUGACCCUCCCAGCACCACGACCGACCACGCACGAAGAUGCAGCAACAGCCCUCAACAGCAGCAACACAUUAUUCAACAAGCUUCAAACCCAAAAGGACGUCAACACCACAGCAGCGAGCCAGCAGUUUGCACUCGACUUGUGCAAUCUCCUCACCGCAUGGUCUGACCCAACACUGCAGCCAACUCACAAAAUACAAAUGGCAGCCGACUUAGCCAUGACCAUCUUCGGCCUCAUCCAACAUGCCGGGACACCCUAA